UCAAGCAAAAGUCACUUUAUAAAUUAACCCAAAAUAUAAUAAUGAUUCGCUACAAUGGUCGCAAACUAAUAUACCUAUGCAUGGGUGUCAUGGGUUUGAUUUUUCUACUUGUAAACCACGUGACAAACGACUCGAGAGAAGUGGAUAAGGCCUGGCAGAUCGAAAUAGAUCCCAUAACCCGUAUGAAUAUCAGUAAUGUACAAGCUGGCGGUCUUGAUCAGAGGGAGCUGUAUAAAAAGUUCUUCGUCUUCAGUUCGAAGUGCAAAAUGCCAAAGGUUAAUCCCUUUGUUGAGGGAUUCCCUGAGUUGAAACCCCUCAAGUUCAAAGCCUGUACAGAUGAACCAAGUUUGGUCAGCGUUAUCUACGAUCUUGCCAAAAAACACUACAUGCUGCACUUGAACAUGGAGAAAUCUUUGAAAAACUUUGCGAAUUAUUCGGCUUUUGGAUGCACAUACUUUGAAAUUGUUCCUGGAGCAGCCGACAUUGAAGCGUAUUUGUUAUUAUUUUUUCUCUGCAGUGUAAAGGCCCCGGAAUACUUCCACCAAGACUGGGUUGUGCCGAGUCACUUUCUGGGCGUAAUAGUUGAGUGCCAUGAGAUGGCGAACAAGUCGAGGGUGUUGCAGCGGGACGCCUUCGCCUUUGUCCAGCAUCCAAAGAAUCGCAACGAGGCGAACGAUGCUCUAAGGGGUGCGCAGUAUCCGAGUGUUUUCCUUUUCGGAAUCGACAGCAUGUCACGGAUGAACUUCCGGCGGAGCAUGCCACUCACUUCGAAGUUUGUGCGGCAAAAGGGAUGGUUCGAGAUGGAGGGAUUCAAUAAGGUGGGCGACAAUACCCUGCCGAAUUUAAUGGCCAUUCUCACGGGUCGUACUCCGAGGCAAUGGCAAUCGCUGUGUGAUGUGAGAAAGCCUGGCUGCCUGGACAGUCUCCACUUUUUGUGGCACCACUUUCACAACGUCGGUUACUUAACAGCCUACGCCGAAGACUUGUCCUCGAUCUCCACCUUUAACUACCUGAAGAUGGGGUUUAAACGCCCGCCGGUGGAUUUUUAUUUGCGGCCCUUUCUCAUGGUCAUUGGACAGUUUCUACAAACAGUGGAGUACUUUGGCUUCAAAUACUGCGUGGGCAGGAGGCACAGUUUCAGUUAUGUAUUUGAUUAUGCCAAGCAGUUGAUAGAGCGAUUUGUUUUCGAGCAGCCAAAACCACUCUUUGGCUUAUUCUGGACGAGCAGUUUUACCCACGAUGAUUGCAGGGGUGGUGCCAAUUUGGAUGGCCUUUUUCUAAGCUACAUGGAGCAGUUCAAGGACUACGGAUUGUUCGAAAAAUCUGUUGUGAUACUCCUCAGUGAUCAUGGCUCCAGGAACGGAGCGCUGGCAGAGCAUUACACAGGGUUUCUGGAGGAGCGUCAGCCCAUGUUGCACAUUUACCUGCCACCCUGGUAUCGAAAACUCUAUCCAUCGGUGGUCGAGGCCCUGAACUUGAAUAGAAAUCGCCUGAGUUCCAAUUACGAUCUAUACCUCGGCCUAAGAAACUUUAUUGAGCAGACCCAUCCGAGAAUGGAUUAUUUUAGAAACAUUAAAUGCGACCAGUGUCUGUCCAUCCUAAAGGUGUUACCCUUCAAUCGAUUUUGCCAACGGUUGCAACUAUUUGACCUGGAAUUUGUGGAGCAAAAGCUGAUUAACGAGGAAAACAUAUACGGACAAGUCAAGACUUAUUCGCUAUACUCAAGAACUCAAUGAGUUAGUC